AUGGCUCGAUUCCUGUCCGCCGGAGCCCUAGCGGGAGCUCUGGCGUCGUCCUCCGGCCUUGUUGUUAACCGAUCUUGUGUCUCGGUCGUCCUCGGCCUCCGCCGCUUCUCCAGUCGUCCUGAGAAGGUGCAGCUGUUCGAACUGGAGAUCGACGGGGAGGGCUCCGCGUCGGAGGUGGAGGUUCUGGGUAUGCGCCGCCUCGAGGAUGCCAUCCGUGCCGUUAUAGUCCGUAGAUCUGCUCCCGAUUGGCUGCCCUUCGUCCCUGGCUCCUCUUACUGGGUGCCGCCCCGCAGUAAUCCGAUCGCCGAUGAGAAGAUGAUGCCCUCCAUCGCUGCUCGUGGCUCGCCAUCCGCCGCCUACUUUUAUGAAGUUCGUUUUUCUUGGAGUAAUUCCAGCAAUUGA